AUGCGUUUCUCUACUGCUGCUGCUGCCUUGUUCUCUGCUGUCGCCUCCGUCAAGGCCGCGAACUACAGCGUCAUCGUUGGUUUCAACAACACUUUGGUAUUUAACCCAAACAAUUUGACCGGUGUUGUCAACGGAGAUAGUGUCUCGUUCCAAUUUGCUUCCAAGAACCAUUCUGUUGUUCAAUCCACAUUCGCCGCACCUUGUACCGCAGCUGGUGUUAGCUCUGGGUUUCAGAAUGUUUCGGACCCGAAUGGCCAGACCUUCCCUACCUGGACUUUGACAGGUGAUAUAAAUGUCUCUUUGGAACACAUGAACUUGAAAAUGCAACAGGUCCUUCCUACGACCACACACUGUCAAUCAGGCAUGGUAUUUGCAAUCAACCCCACCGCGGAGAAGAGUUUCGCUGCCUUCCAGCAAGCUGCGAUUGCCACCAACGCCACCUCUCCCACUGGUCAAAACCCUUCUGGAAGCAUAGUUUCUGGUACCGCAGGUGCUACCGACGCAGCGCUAUCAGUUAGUGCAGCACCUUCUGCGACAGCUGCAGGCAGCUCUGCGGCUCCUGCCAGUUCGUCUGCUGUUGCUGCUGCUAAUAGUGCAUCACAUUUGAUGUCCGGAAACUCAAUCAGCAUCCUCGCCGUUGCUGGUCUCGUUGCUGGCUUAGUUUUUGUAGCUAUUGAGGGUAGUACUCUGGUCGAACAUGUCCUAUGCACAAAGGGCGGCACAACAUUUUCUGGGACGAUACAUUUGACGGCUCAUCAUCUCAUUUUUCAAUAUGAAGGGGGUAAAGAGAAGGAGAUGUGGGGACAAUGUCCUGUAACUUUCCACUGUCGGAAUUUUGAGACGCUUUCGUUUGAGUUUUCAGCUGAAUCAGAUGCUGCGGAUGUUUUCGAUAGCGUGAAGGAGCUCACUGUUGCUCCCUCUGUUUACCACCUAUACGCCUUUUUUUAUUCGCCAAAUCCUCCCUUUCCAACCCAAAAUGGUUGGUCAAUAUAUUCUCCGAGGGAGGAAUUUGGUCGGAUGGGUGUUGGUACUCGAACCAAAGCGUGGCGUUUCACAGAUAUCAAUAAGGAUUAUUCUUUUUGUCCUACAUAUCCUGCAAAGCUGCUUGUACCGACAAAGAUUAGCGAUACAACAUUACAGUACGCAGGCAAGUACCGCAGCAAGUGUCGAAUCCCGGUAUUGUGUUAUCUGCAUUGGUCAAGCUAUGCAACUAUUACGAGGUCCAGCCAACCUAUGGUUGGAAUUACACAAAAUAGAUCGAUUCAAGACGAAAAACUUAUUGAAACCAUGUUUCAAUCACACUUUUCGCCAGAAUCCAGAGUCUCCAAUGCGGUAGUUUAUGGCGCCACCACGACCAAUCUUGUGAUCGACGCCAGGCCUACCACCAAUGCGAUGGCCAACACUGCAAAGGGGGCUGGGACAGAGAACAUGGAUCACUACAAGGAAGCUAAAAAGGUUUAUCUAGGCAUUGACCAUAUCCAUACCAUGCGAGAGUCGCUGGGAAAGGUCGUGGAUGCACUACGGGAAGCAGACGCGCUUCUUGCCAGUAUAAACAAUGAUCUGUCCGGUCAGAUCUCUGGAGUUUCUGUUCUUGAUCGAGGAGCACUUCGCCGCUCAGGGUGGCUGCGGCAUAUCUCCCUUAUCUUGGAGGGAACCAUCCUCAUAACGCGUAACGUGCAUGUCAAUUCGUCGCACGUCCUCAUACACUGCUCGGAUGGUUGGGAUCGUACAUCGCAGCUAUCAUCACUAUCGCAACUCUGCCUUGAUCCCUUUUAUCGGACGAUCAAAGGCUUCGAGAUUCUCAUUGAGAAGGAAUGGUCAUCCUAUGGUCACAAAUUUCUCGACCGAUGUGGACACUUAUCGUCCGACAAAUUUUUUGUGUCCAACACAGAAACAAAUGGUAACAGUGGAGGUGCGGACGCUGCGCAGGCUUUCCUUGCCUCAAUGCAGAACCGAUUUGCAAGUCAAAACCAUGUUAAAGAAACUUCCCCAGUCUUCCAUCAAUUUCUCGAAACUGUUCGACAAAUUCAAAGACAGUUCCCCCAGCGCUUUGAGUUCAAUGAACGGUUUUUGCAUCAACUAUACUACCAUCUCUAUUCGUGUCAGUUUGGUACUUUCCUGUUCAAUAGUGAGCGGGAGCGAAGACUGGGAGAUGGGAACGGACCUCCUCCUUGUGACAGAACAGUCAGUGUAUGGGACUUCUUCAAUUCACCGUCGGAGAUGGAGCAAAACCUGAAUGAACUGUAUGAUUCAUCACUGGACGAUCCCGUGAGUCGAAUUCCGGGCGCAGACAUGGGAGUGCUAUUUCCAAAUCCAAAAGAUGUCCGCUUUUGGCAUGAACUGUAUGGCCGGACGGACGAAGAAAUGAAUGGGCGUCAUAUACCAGUCAUCGUCCGUCCAGAAGUCGUUGGUCCAGUCGAGACGGUCGAGGAUGAUCCCGUCAAUCGUAUCGCUACACCAUCCAAUAUACCUUUGCCACCUUCCCCUUCCAAAACGCCCUUGCCCCCUCCAACCCAAACUCUUCCACGUAAUGUGGCUAAUUCGCUGCUUGAAUCCAACGAUUCAUCCCCGUCCACUCCAGAACUAGCAUCACUCAAUCUAGGAUCUCCCUCUGUUGUCGAGAGCUUCAGACCUUUCUUGUCAACGUCCUCUAAUUUCUCAAUGAAGCCUACAUCCUCCCCUACUUCAGACUCAUCCUCGCGUCCUUUAACAAAAGCACAGGAGUUUUUUGCUGGAGGCGGUGUCAAAUCUGUUUGGGGCAAACUGUCUUCUAAUGCCUCUGCUGCAUUUUCGGUAGUCCAAGGGGCUUAUGAUGGUGUCGCAAGAGAUUUGAGUACGAGACCUGGUCCAGCUUCGCCUUUGCCAAGUAGAACAGAAGAGCUUAGUGCUCGCUCUCAUUUGACGAGUUGGGGAGAGGAAGCGCACACAGUAUCAGUCUUCUCUCCUUCCACAUUGUCCUCUUCGAGCCCUCCUGGCGUCAGAAAUCCCUGGGCCACUGUCAACUCGAGCAAGCCUUCAGCAUCGUCUUUGUUUUCACCAUAUGACAAUCCUUGGAAUUCCGCACAAGCUCAGGAUUUAGGCUCGGAGGACGAACCUAAGCCUCCCAGUCCUCUUCCGAUUGACCCUACCGUCUCCGAUCCAAGUUUGCGGGCUCCCGCGAAUUCGAUCGCACGCUCUAAUUCGUCUUCCUCACGACUUGCGGGAAACUUCACGGGCAUAGGGUCUGACGGUGAUAGCGAACUAUCAACACCGUCUCAAGAUCUUUCUUCAGCGUCGACCGAUCCUCUUGGUGUUGGACUUGCAUAA